UUGUUUUUCACAAAGCUCUUCUUAAAGUGAGCUGGCAGCGAGCAAGCGCUCGUCUUUGUACCGAGACCGUAGAGCUGGAGAGCAGCAUCUAGCGUUGUUACUUUUUAAGCAAUCCCAAUGAAGCGCUUGUAGAGAACACACUGAUCCUGCCUGCAAUCUUUUUCGCAGGGCAGAGAAAUUGAUCAGUGUCAAGGAAAGAUCACAUUUUUAUAUGAGAUCUUGACUUUUCUUCCCCCUUUUUUUCUUACAGUAUAUUUUUAUAGACUUUGUUAUUAAAAAAAAAUACAACAUGGUGCUGGGGAAGGUGAAGAGUUUGACAAUAAGCUUUGACUGUCUUAAUGACAGCAAUGUCCCCGUCUAUUCAAGCGGGGACACAGUCUCAGGAAGGGUGAAUUUAGAAGUUACUGGGGAAAUUAGAGUCAAAUCGCUUAAAAUCCAUGCAAGAGGACAUGCAAAAGUACGCUGGACUGAAUCGAGAAAUGCUGGAUCCAAUACUGCCUACACACAGAAUUACACCGAAGAAGUAGAAUAUUUCAACCACAAGGAUGUCUUGAUUGGGCACGAAAGAGAUGAUGACAAUUCUGAAGAAGGUCUCCACAUCAUUCAUUCAGGACGGCAUGAAUAUGCAUUCAGCUUUGAGCUUCCACAGACACCACUUGCUACCUCAUUUGAAGGCAGACAUGGCAGUGUGCGUUAUUGGGUGAAAGCAGAAUUGCACAGGCCUUGGCUUCUACCAGUAAAAUUAAAGAAGGAAUUUACAGUCUUUGAACAUAUAGAUAUCAACACUCCUUCAUUACUGUCACCCCAAGCAGGCACAAAAGAAAAGACUCUGUGUUGCUGGUUUUGUACCUCAGGCCCAAUAUCCUUAAGUGCCAAAAUCGAAAGGAAGGGCUACACCCCAGGUGAAUCAAUUCAGAUCUUUGCAGAAAUUGAAAACUGCUCUUCCCGGAUGGUGGUGCCAAAGGCUGCCAUUUAUCAAACACAGGCAUUCUAUGCCAAAGGAAAAAUGAAGGAAGUAAAGCAACUUGUUGCCAACCUGCGAGGGGAGUCCCUGUCAUCAGGGAAGACAGAAACCUGGAAUGGCAAACAGCUGAAAAUUCCACCUGUUUCCCCAUCAAUCCUUGAUUGUAGUAUAAUCCGUGUGGAAUAUUCUCUAAUGGUAUAUGUGGAUAUUCCAGGUGCAAUGGAUUUGUUCCUUAACUUACCACUUGUCAUUGGUACCAUACCAUUACACCCAUUUGGCAGCAGAACAUCAAGUGUGAGCAGCCAAUGUAGCAUGAAUAUGAAUUGGCUUGGUCUGACCCUGCCUGAAAGACCUGAAGCACCUCCUAGCUAUGCAGAAGUGGUCACUGAGGAGCAAAGACAGUCCAGCCUAGCACCUGUAGCUGCUUGUGAUGACUUUGAAAGAGCACUUCAAGGGCCACUGUUCGCCUACAUCCAGGAGUUCCGUUUCCUGCCUCCUCCACUUUAUUCUGAGAUUGACCCAAACCCAGACCAGCCCUCAGAUGACAGGCCAUCCUGCCCUUCUCGUUGAAGGAAUGCCUAAUAAGAAGAACUGACUGGGGUCUGAAUUGCAUUUUGCCGUGUUGAGGAUAAAGGCAUCCUGUUGGAGACACAUGUUGAAAGGAAGUUCUUGCCUAAAAGAAAAGGCGAAAUAACAAAACAACCUGUGAUUAUGCUUUCAAAGCCUACGGCAACAUCAUAGGACUGCUCUUCAUGCUUGAAGACCUGAGCUUUCCCUCCCUGUCCUAUCUUGGCACAUACUAAGAGCAGCCUUAAUAGCCUACACUCAUGUGUCAAAACACUCACCGUGUUGCAAGAGGGAUGACUUCCUCUUUUGUUUUGAAAAUUUGCACAUGCUCGAUGCUUAUGUUGUGCGGUUCAGUGUCACUACAGCUUUUUCUCAUUUACGUUGGGACUGUUGUUACCCCCUUCUAACUUGUUUGUGGUCCGCACAACAAGGAGCAAAAGAAAGCUUUGAAAACUUUAUGUUGACAAAUGCACUGACUUUUUUUAUUUAGAAAACAAACAAACAAUAUAGCCUGGACUUUUCUUGCAUAUGCACAUGCUCCAAACUGUCCCAGUAAGACUGAUCCGCGUAUCACCUCUUCAGCUUGGAUACUAUUGUGGAUUGAUUACAAACAUCAAAUGCCUUCAAGCCAAUCCUUGCUGUAUGUUUUGCAGCCUACUGUAGUAGAUAAGCAACAGAUAUGGAGGGGGGAGGGAAAUAACAGAAGGAAACUAAUAGGAGUCUUCUUCAAGAUUGUAUACCUUCUUGAUUCCUUUUAAGAAUUUGUUGCCUUUCUACUAUUACCACAAACAAGAAUUUUGUUACAGACUGCCUAAAAUCACUUAAUCUCAGGUGAACUCAUCACUUGCCAAAAUGUUGAAAUGCUAUUUGUGUUUAUUGUUUAUGUUGCACUGUUAAGUAUUUUUCCUUCUGUUUUGGUUUGGUUGGAAAGGGGGCUUGGAAAAGGGACAUGCACAAAAGAAUCCAUCCUCAUUUCUUAUUAUCUUUUUGGAACAUGAGACACAAUUAAGAAAAGUUUUGUUGUUACAAUGUUCAAAAAAGCCACAGGAUGUAGCAACCAACAUAACAGUCAAGAAUUACUGGAGAAAAGCUGUGCAUGAUUCAUGUAGUGAUUAUCAGAAGGUUUCCCAGAUAGGUGGGUGGAGAAAUAAAUUUAUUUUUAUACAUAGUUAUUCCACAACCACAGAUUUUGUACUAAACAAUUUGUAGUGAAAUUUGAAGAUAUGUAAAGUUGGAAUCUUCACUAAGAAGGACAGUAUAUUUUCAAAGAAAAUAAGAAGGUUGUUUUUAGGAAAGGUCUCCUGGUGUUUCCUGCUCAGAUUACUUUCUCUCCAAGACUGAAGAACUGUAGGGGGAAAAUUAGUAAAGAAAACACCUACAAAGUAAAAAGGCUGCCCUGGAUAUAAUAAAAUCAGUUGCCAGAGAUAGUAGGCAAAGGGCUGCUUUCCUUAUGUAAUUCAGAUAUAUGAAAGCAAAUUCACAAGAUUUUCAGCUGAUUGUUGACUGGGCAUUGACUAACUUGCCUUAAGUACAAAGGAUCAGCUGUGGAGUGAUAGGUAUGGAGGCACCUUUUGACACACUAAUAUGUCACCAUCCAUUUUUGCACAAGUAUAUUCUCAAGAAAGAAAUGUGCAGCUGAUUUUUUACCAGAAGCAGCCAUCUUGAUGGCUAAGUGCAGAAUUACAUUAUAACUACUGGGUUGUUUAAUUUCAAGCAUUAUAACCAAUCUGGUUUAUAGGUUGCUUUGCUGAGGUGGAAACUCAACAGAUUUAAGUUCCAUCUUGCAACUGAGGCUUCAUAACAAAUAGGAUAGGCUUUUCCAUAAGUGGCCUUCAAGAAAACAUGGGCAACAAGUCAUGUUUGAACAAUAACAGGGUGAAAAAUACAGUAUAAAAAGAGUCACGUUUUAAGUGAUUCAGUUAGAGAGUUUGGCCUUCAGCAAGCAAAUUUAGUAUACUGGAUAAUAAGGAAACUGAGUGAUGACCUUUUUAAAAAUCAUACUAAAUGUUUUUGUGGAUGUCCCUCUUCUGUAGAGGAUAAAAAUAUGCUGAAGGGAUAGUGGCAUAAAAGGGCAUUUGGUGGUUUUAUUCUUUUUUUUUCUUUGCUGUUUUUGUUUUAACCAUUUAGGGAACAAUUGCUGUUAAGCAUAGCAUUACAUUCAUCAUGAUACAAUGGAAGUUUCCAUAUGAAGCAGGAUUGACCAAUAUUGUCGUAAUUGGCACUGAAUCACAUCGACUUGUGAUCAGUUUUAAAGUUGUAGACACUAUUAAUUAAAUUGUUCUUACAA